AUGGUCUUAUCUCAAUCAGCUGCCUAUUAUGAUUUACCAGUGAAAUGGAAACACAACAUCUUAAUCUAUGAGAGUAUAUUAUCAAUGAUCAAUUACAUUCAAUCUUUCUAUGUUGCCAUCUGGAGAAGUGGCGAAUAUCGAAAACUAUUUAAAAAUAUAUGGAAAAACUCAAAAAUCAUUAAGAAACUAUCUUAUCCCAAGAUAAAAGAUUGCUGCGUUGUUGUGGUGGACAGAUCGAAAUUUUCCGUCGGCUUCAUGUCAACAGAACCUCGUUUAUAA